CAUGAAGGAAAUGCGAUGUCGGUUCUAAGCGCACAUGCGACGAUGUAUAGGUUCUAUUAAACCUCCUCAUCCGAGAACGAAGAAUCGCUAUCGAGAUCGUCGUCGUCGUCGUCAUCGUCUUCGCCACUCUCGAAAUUGUCCUCCAUUUCACUGUCGCUGUCGUCGCUAUCUUGGAAUCUCGCCGACGCUGCUCGAUUGUUGUACCGGUACACGAGAUCCUCCGUUUCCGAAUCCAGUUCGUCCUCGUCCGUAUCCCCACCGGGUGGUGCAAUAACACCGUCGUCAUCUGACCCAUUGUUGAGACGGAUGCACUUUAGAUUGGGCAAUCCACUCUCGAGCCGAUCCAGUAGGCUGCUUUCUCUUUCCUCUAGACCCCGGCAACCGUACAGCGCCAGCGACUUAAGGUUUCGCAGGCCGCUCAGGUGGACCAGAGCUCCGUUGCUGACCCGUGUGUUGCUCAGGUUCAGAGCCUUAAGCUUUGAUAGAGACACCAGCGCCGCUGCUCCACGGUUAGUGAUGCGUUCGUUUUGAGACAGAUUUAGGGUUUCUAGGUUUCCAAGGGUGGCCAGAGUGGCACAUCCGCGGUCGGUGACACCACCCCCGCAUAGCUCGAGGGAUUCUAGCGACUUGAUAUCGGCAAUGUGGGUACAGCCAUAAUCGGUGAUCCGCCCCGAAAAAAUAUCCAGCGACUUGAGGUUUUUAAGUGUUUUCAGGUGCAGCAACCCGUUGUCGCUAAUGUCUCGGCUGUCGAGAUUCAGUACUUCCAGCGACGACAACGACGAUAGAUAUCUAAGAGAGGAGUUUGUAAGGUUGCAGUAAAAGAGAGACAAGCGUUUCAGCUUUUUGAAUUUCGAAAUCUUGACCAUCCCCAGGUCCGAAAGAUCCGUGUCAGCCAAAUCUAGUGACACAAGGUUCGGCACUACGUCGUUGUCGGCCAGGUGCGAUAUGCUCCAAUCGCCGAUUGGGCAACUAUCCAGAUUGAUCUCCUCCAGCGCUGGCAAGUCGGUCAGUCGAGCAAUAUGGGAAUCUCUCACAGCUGAGUAACACACAUCCAGUGUCUUCAGGGACUUGAUCUUCCCUUGCCACGAAGAUCGCCUUUGGGCAAGGCGUGAAAGAAAGAAAGCAUAAAUUCAGCAGAUUGUUCAAAAACGCAGGUCGAAUCGUACUCAUUCACAACAUCAUAAACGUACAAAAUUCCAGGGCAGUACGAAACGUCCAAACUCGAGAGUUUCGUAAGAUAUUCCAGCGUAUUUCCCAGAGAAAAACUUCCGAUCGCGGAACAGCCGUUUAGAUCUAAUUCUUCGAGUGCCAGCAAUUUUCCGAGGUGCUGAACCCCCGUAUUGGUAAUGGGAAUCCUCGCUAGGCUAAGAAUACGGAGAUUCUCGGAUCUCCCGCGCUGGUUCGACAAGGUCUCGAUUCCCUGGUCCGUGAUCGUUCGGCACCAGCCCAGCGAGAGCUCCUCGAUCCCCGCGCAGUGCUCUAGCUCCUCCAGGCCGUCGUCGGUGAUCAGAUCGCACUGUGAUAGAUCCAGUUUCUUGAUGUUCACCAGGUUGCCAAUCGCCGCCAGGCUCCGAUCGGUCAGGCAGCGACAGCCGUCCAGGGAGAGCGCCUCAAGAGAGACCAGGUGCGAAACGUUGGUGAUUGCCUCGUCCGUGAGUCGGCGGCAGCUCGCGAGCGACAGCGUGUGGAGCUGGUGGGAGCGUGCUAGUGCUACCAGUCCCCUGCCCUGGAUGGAAUGGCAGUUGUCGAGCUUGGCAAUCUCGAGGCUCGACAAGUCGGAGAGCUGGAGCAGGCCCCUGUCGGUGAGGCGCUGGGACCCCCGCAGAUCGAGCAGUGUGAUAUUAGAUGUAAUGCAAACACCAAAGUUGUGCGCCUGGGGUUCCUCGGUAUACGAAUAUUCACCACCAUAAGGAUGGUGCGCAAAGGGUGCAUCGC